AUUUGCGUGCAAGUAUUACGCUGGCCAGCUAACAGAUUAAAUGAAACAGAAAUUCAUAACAGUAGAACUUUGUCUUAGGCCCCUCUCCUCAUGAAGUAAAUAGAAAGAAAAUCCUUGCUCUGUUACAUGCACGCUUCAUCAAAACCUGACGAACCGCCGCAAAAUCGCGAACAAACACCUCCCUGCCUGUGUAAUGGAAGUGGAAUCGAGGAAAUGGGUGGUUUUGGUGGCGACGACAUGGAUUCAAGCGUUUGUGGGCACAAACAUGGACUUCCCGGCGUACUCCACCGGCCUGAAAUCCGCCCUGGGCAUAUCGCAGGCGCAGCUUAACUACAUAUCGGUGGCCUCCGACAUGGGGAAGGCCUUGGGGUGGUGUUCGGGGCUCUGUCUCUUGUAUUUUCCGGCGUGGGCUGUUUUGUUCGUCGCCGCUGUCAUGGGACUCGUCGGUUAUGGCCUCCAGUGGCUUCUCCUUCUCGACAUCCUCACUUUGCCGUAUUUCCUGGUACUUAUGUUGUCUUUGCUGGCUGGCUGUAGCAUCUGCUGGUUCAACACAGUAUGUUAUGUCAUCUGCAUCAAAUAUUUCCCAGCGAACAAGGCUCUAGCUCUAUCACUCAGUACAAGUUUCAGCAGUCUGAGUGGUGCCAUGUACAACCUCAUUGCUAACUCAAUUAACCCCAAUGAUCACAAACUCUUUCUCCUCCUCAACGCUGUCCUUCCGUUGAUCACAUCGGCUGCGGCCCUUCUCGUGAUGAUCCGUUACUCACCUCCUGAUGCCCCUCCGCUUGACGGCACUCACCAUCAUGACACUGCCAACUUUCUUCUCUCGACUGCUGUGGCCAUUAGUGCAGGCCUGUACCUCCUUGUUCUAAAUUCAGUGUCAUCAGAUGUAACUGUUGCCCGUCUCGUCUUAACUGGAGCUAUAGUUUUGUUGGUACUUCCCUUAGUUACACCUCUAAUGGUACCGGGAGUUGUCAACAUUAGCUUCCAACAAGAAGACUCGAGUUUCAUUUUGAUUGAUAAGGAUCAUAGGGAGCUCUUGGAAGUGCAGAUGCAGAGCCCUAACGGUUUCUUGGAUAGGGACUUGAAAAAGGAGGAUGUUGACAACAAUCCGCUGUUCAAAGACGAACGGCCAGUGGUGCUGGGAGAAGAACACUCCACUAAGUUGCUCAUUACUAGGCUGGAUUUUUGGCUGUACUAUGUUGCAUACAUGUGUGGAGGAACAAUAGCACUAGCUUACAGUAACAACCUGGGCCAGAUUUCUGAAUCGCUAGGUUAUCAUUCAGAUGUUCGCUCACUUGUUUGUCUCUAUUCUGCUUGCUCAUUCUUCGGCCGCUUGCUUUCUACUGCGCCAGACUUCUUGCGAGACAAAAUGUACUACGCAAGGACUGGAUGGCUUGCUUCAGCCCUUGUCCCAACCCAAGUUGCAUUCCUUCUGCUUGUUUCAUCAGACAGUAAAGCAGCACUGACUACUGCCACAGCCUUGAUUGGACUGAGCUCCGGUUUCGUUUACUCAGCAGCAGUCUCAAUAACAGCAGAGCUAUUUGGCCCCAACAGUGCUGGAGUCAAUCACAACAUUCUCAUUACAAACAUCCCACUUGGAUCACUAGUGUACAGUCAUCUUGCAGCUCUAGUUUACGAAGCAAAUAUAGGAAAGUCAGAUAAGGUUGUGUCACAGGAUGGAUCAAAGGUAUGCAUUGGCUGGGGUUGCUACCAUGAAACCUUUGUAUGGUGGUGGUGGAUCUCACUGUUGGGUCUAAGUUGUAGUUUAUUGCUCUCCCGUAGAUCUAAGACUACCUAUGACCGGUUGGAGAGACAAAAACAUAGAACUCAUUUUAUGUUGUUGAGACCCUUUCCAUCGAGCGAUGGAUUUUGAGGUUUGAGCUCAAGUAAGAUUAUACUUAACUUGUAAUGUCCAAGAUAACUAUGAAGGGAAUCCCCCUUUUUAAGUCCUGUUUUCUUGAUAUUGCAGAUUUAUCAGAGUGCAGGAGAAAACACUGCAAGAAUACAAGUUUUGUGCCCUCUAGUUCCUCUUAAGAGUAAAAGAUUGAAUGCAGUUUUUUAGCUGUAAAGAGCACAUAUACUCACCUCCAAGUGUGCAGAAAAGGCAUGGAAGACAUGUGAGAGUCGGCUGUUCGGUGAAACAUGAGACACCAUUUGGAUCGAUAUUUGUGAGACGAAGAUUUGAACAGAAUUAACAGCAGAUGCAAGCCCAGAACAUGAGCUUGGAUCAUUCAACUCAAAAAGCUGAGCCGAUCCAACAUCAAACAUUUUUGUAUACGGAAAAUUACCCCUGAGGAUAUGAACUUUGAAUCCAGGAGUUGUUCUGCUGACAGAUCUAGUAUAAGUGAAGAUCACUAGGAUGUAUAAUUCAAUAUCAUAGUGGCAACAGAAAUACCAAAUGAAAUCAGUUCUAAACAAAGAUAAAUUUUCUGAGACGAUGUUUCAUCUGCAAACCAGAUUUUUAUCGCCUUCGCCUAUUUCAGGAGUUGAAUAGCAGUCCACACACAUGGGUAAAGUUAUUUUACAACCCCCAUUCCUUAUGGGCUCAAGGAAGUCAUCCAUAUAAUGAUUUAUAUGAGAUAUCAGAGCAAAAUAUGGUACAAAUAGCCAAUUGCAAUACGCAACUGCAUUUAUGCAUCACAUAGAGUAUUAAACUUUCAGGCCCCAGCCAAUAUUUGUUCCCCUGUCCUGAUUCCUGAUCUAUCUGAGGGGAAAAAAGAUGAACUCCUAACACCAAAUCCUACAGACUAGAAAGAAAGCAAAACCAGAUCCACAGCAACAACUAGAUGCUGAAGAAAGACAAGCUGUGCAAAACCACAUAUGGAGAUCAUAGUUGAAGGCUAUAUAACAGUACCUUCUCUUCUUUAUGUUCUCUGUUGCUGCACUGACAUCCACUCAUAAAUGUUGAGCAUCCACUGUUAGGCUUUUUCUCCAAAGUGAACCCAUUUUUUUCUCCUCAGUCUAGGAACAUGCAUCUCCUUAGUUAAGAAGUUAAUUUGGCAAGACAGACGACAGACUUUAUCAAUCAAAAGCAAAUUUCAAACUAAACGAAAAAGGACUACAGAUGCAGGGAUAAGAAUAUUUGCACCAGACAUCUCUUCUGAUUCUUGAACUAUUAAAAAUAUAUCAAUUGUCACCAGAACAAUUCCAUUAAAACACUUGAAAUAGAACGAGAUCGUGCUGCCUUUCGCAAAAGCUGGCCAAGAAAAUUUCAAAAACAAUGACAGCAAUUGAAACAUAUAUUUAGCAGAAGCUAUGAUAUAUAUAUCCAGGAAAAGAAAUGAAAUAUCCUUUUAAUUAGGGUAAAAAUGAUAAUUCCACCAUACUUUGGAACCAGAAGCCUAAUGCUAGUAACCAUGUUACAAGCGAUAGUAUUUUCCAGUUUUACAGCCACAUAAAUUGAUGCAGUGUUAAGAAUAUCCAUAUUUUAGCAUGAUUCCCAAACAUUCGCAUCUUAAAUGCAAUGUCUAGUGAAGAAAGAUGAGAAACAUUUAGAACUCCUUAAGCAGAAGGCAAUAGCAAACAAAAAUUCCUAACAGCUCAGAAUGAACAAUGAAGUGACAGAAAAGAGCC